UCUCUCUUCUUUUUCUUCACACCCUCUUUUUUGCUCCCCCGUUCCUUGUCCCUCUUCCUCUCCUCUCCUCCUCCUCUUCUUACACUCUUCCCUACCGCACUUACACCUGCAUCUCCACCAGCUACAAGCACGCCGUCCACUGCGACCGAUUUCCCCGCCAUCUGAUCUGUGAAUCACUCUGAAGGGAAACAAAAGAGCGAGAGCUCUCGAGGAACACAUACGCACCGCGCUCUUCACGAAACAAUAACGACCGUGCUCCCCGCAAGACCCCGUCACUAAAAUCGAAUAAUCAUGUCCCGCCACGACAGCGACCGCGACGAGGACGAGGAGUUUGAGAGCCUGGGCAAGUCCCACGAUAAUCACGACGAUGAUGACUCUGAUCUGGAGGAUUCGCCCAGAAGAGGCAGCAGCAAGCACUCGUCCUCCAAGCACCGUAGCAGCAAGAGGCGCGACGAUGACGACGAUGAAGACGAAGAUGACGAGGACGAAGACGAGGAGGACGAGGAGGACGAAGACGAGGCCGAUAACGUAUCCAGACGACACAAGAAGCAAAAGCGUGCAGUGAAUCCUUUCCUCGAUGUGGAGGCCGAGGUCGAUGAUGAAGACGAGGAUGAAGAGGAGGACGAGGAUGAAUACGGUGUCGGGGAUGGAUUCAUCGCGGACGAACAGGACGAGGCAGCCGAGGCAACUAGGGCAUCAAAACACCUGGAUCUGGACCGUAGACGGCGCGAGGAGGACGAUGUCGAUCUAGAAGAACAGGCUGCCCGAUUCAAGGAGCGUUAUCGACGGGACUACGCACCUCGGAGGGCCUUUCAGGGACAGCAGGAGGACAUCCCUCAACAGUUGCUUAUGCCCGAUGUACAGUCACCACAUCUCUGGAUGGUCCGCUGCAAACCCGGCAAAGAGAAGGACCUGGUCUUUUCACUGAUGCGGAAGUUCUUCGACACUGAAUAUUCUGCUCAACCACUCGAGAUUUCAGCCGCAUUCUCACGCGAAUCGCUCAAGGGAUAUGUCUACAUUGAGUGCUUGCGUCAAGCGAAUGUCCAAGCUGCACUGAAUGGUCUCAAUAAUGUCUUUGCAUCCAAAUUAACGUUGGUUCCCAUCAAGGAAAUGACGGAUGUGCUUAAAGUCAGACACAAAGAAUCUGAACUUCGACCAGGAACAUGGGUUCGUGUCAAGCGUGGAAAAUAUGCCAUGGAUCUUGCGCAGAUUUUGGAUAUUGCAGACUCUGGAGACACUGCCAAAGUAAAACUGAUUCCACGCCUGGACAUGACUCCUCGCUCAGAUGCAUCAUAUGUCUCUGGAAACAAACGCAAGCCCGUCAACAGUGUAUUAGCAGGAAGACCCCCACCAAAGCUGUUCAACGCCCGUGAAGCAGAAAAGGUUGACAAACUGAACAAGCCGACUUCUCGCGGCAGAGGUGUCUUUAUGUGGAACAAUGAGGUUUUUCGCGACGGUUAUUUGGAGAAGGACAUGAAGAUUUCCAGUUUGAUCACGGAAAACAUCAACCCUACAUUGGAUGAGAUUCAAAAGUUUGCCAAGGGCGGUCUCGAUGACGAGGACGGCGGUCUCGACUUAUCGGCGGUUGCUCUAUCUGCCAUGGGCGCAUCAGUCACCAGCCAUUUCCAGCCAGGAGAGAAGGUCGAGGUCAUGGAAGGAGAAUUAAAGCACGUCCAUGGUGUGGUCGACUCUGUGGGCAGCGAUAUGAUUAUGGUUCGCCCUCUGGCUGAUGACCUUAAGGGCAACAUCCUGAAGUUUCCGCCCACUCAACUGCGGAAGCUCUUCAAGGAGGGUGACCACGUCAAGGUCGUCAAUGGAAAAUUCAAGGAUGAGACUGGUCUGAUUAUUAAGAUCGAGGACAGCGUCGUCACCAUUGUUACCGAUCUGAACGUCAAGGAUAUCCAAGUCUUCUCCAAAGAUUUGCAAAUGGCCGCCAAUGUGUCGAGUGGAACAGGAACCAUCGGACAAUAUGAAACCCACGAUUUCGUCCAACUUGAUGCCUCAACUGUGGGUGUUAUUUAUAAGGUCGAACGUGGAUUUGCCCGUGUACUUGAUCAGAGUGGGCUUACAAGAGAAGUUGAGCCCCACCUUAUCACGCAAAAGCGCGACUCCUCACGCGCUAUUGCCACAGAUGGCGAAGGAAACAGCAUCCAGGAUGGAGACUCUGUUCGGGAAAUUGGAGGAGCUAUGCGUGAGGGCAAGAUUUUGCACUUGUUCAGGACGUUCGCGUUCUUGUACAAUAGGGAAUUUAUGGAGAACAACGGAGUAUUUGUCCAAUCAACGCGCCUUCUGGUCAGCAUGGCCUCCAAGAGCCGAUCCCAGCCUGGGAUGCGUCUUGAUACCAUGAACCCUGCCGUCAUGAACAUGAAUCGCGGUGGUUUCAAUGGACGUGGCGGACGGGGUGGCAUGAUGAUGGGCCGUGGCCGAGGUGGUCGCGACCCCUUGAUCGACAAGACCGUGACAAUCAUCCGUGGGCCGCACAAGGGUUACCUGGGUAUUGUCAAGGAUGCCACAGACACGACGGCUCGUGUGGAGCUCCAUACCAACUGCCGUAUCAUCACUGUUGAGAAAGCCAAGCUGGCUAUUACAAAUGCCAACGGAACAACAACUCCUGUGUCGAGCAUGACGGACAUGAACCCUCCCUCUACUCCUCGCGCUGGCAACUAUGGCGGCUACGGUGGCUAUGGUGGCAUGACACCCAUGAGAUCAGGAGAUAUGACACCUAUGCACCCAUCCGGAUCGCGCACGCCAGCCUGGAACUCUGGCUCAAAGACACCUGCAUGGAAUGCUGGGUCCAAAACACCUGCCUGGAGCGCCAGUUCCAGGACCCCUAAUCCAUACGCCGACGGAUCUCGAACGCCUGCCUGGGAUGCUGGUUCAAAGACGCCUCAUUAUGGUGGAUCCUCUGCCUGGGAUAGCGGCAGUCGUACACCAGCUCAUGCCUGGGACUCUGGCAGCAGGACGCCUGCACGUGGAUCUGCAUGGGGCGAUUCCGAUUCGGGCUCAAAUAAUCACCACAACGGCAAUUUGAGCGGCUCUGGAAGCGGAUACAGUGCAUGGAACGACAAGAGUGACUCUGGUUCUGGAUCCGGCGGGUUCCCUCAAACGCCCGCUGCAAGUGGCGAUUGGAUGAAUCGAAGUGUGCCUACCCCUGGACCUUUUGGAGCCCCGUCACCAGCACCGUUCGCAAACUACCCAUACACGCCUGGUCCUUCAUCCAACUAUGAUUCUGCACCAACGCCUAGCAGCAAUAAUUACCCUCAGACACCCGCUGCGUCUUCAUCACUAGGAUCUGGUGGUGGUUCUCAUGCCAACAGCAACGGAGGUUCACAUGCAGCCAAUGUGGCAACUCCUGGUUCCUCCAAUUCAAGACUGCAGUCAAUCCCUACUCCCGGCGCCAACCAGACGCCCCAGACCCCUGCAGGCGGCCCCUCUGCACCCAUGACCCCUGCGAGCCACUUCCCACAGACGCCCUUCAUGCCCACAGGAGGCGAUUACUCUGGCAUGGACUCACAUGGCCACGCAGGUCAAGCCUCUGGCUACGGAUCUGGUGCGGGCGGCAAUGCUGCGACUGGCCCCUCAUACGACUGGGCGACGACGGACAUCGAGGUCAAGGUGACAGCUGGCAAGGACGGAUCCUCGUUCGAGGGCGGCAAGUACAACGAGCUGUCGGGUCGCACUAUGAAGGUGCCGCCAAGGAACGCGCUCUCGUCGAUGGCGAUGUGUGAUGUUCGCCUGUUGAGUGGAUCGGAUGAAGGCAAGACGAUCCAGAUCCCAGUGCAAUAUCUCAAGCCUGUUGCACCAUUGAAGAACGAUGGGGUCAAGGUACUGUCGGGCGAGCAUCGCGGCGCCUGUGGUAUGUUGAUGGGAGUCGAUGUACAGGAUGGUAUUGUCAGUUUGAAGGGUGAGAACAUGUACAAGGUUUUGACCAUGUCCGUCUUGGGCAAAUACCUUGGCGAGUAAAGGGACUUUUUCUUCGUGCUUCGUGCUGGCAUUUUGUAUUAUCUAGUUGACGGUGGAACAAUGGGGCAUGGGACAUGGUGUCAAAAAAGCAAAAUAAACAUUAUAAUAACGCAUG